AUGCCAGUGUUGACGUUCGAUGACCCCAAAACACCCGUCAGGUUGACCAUAGACUUCAGCGGCAUCAAAAAGAUCGAGAACGACUCGCAGCCGCGUCGACCUCGGGAGCUAUUGAAUGUCUUUACGGUUCUGAAGGAUUCUCAUGGUAUCGAAGCCAACUUUGAGUAUCGCAUAUGCCGUCUCGCCGUACCUGCUCUUUCACCGCGCUAG